AACGCAAAUGUAGGGAAAGACUUGGAAUUGCGGGACGUUAUAAAAGAACCCACUUCGACAGGAGACGUAGUCCUCGGACACUGGACAGUGCUUGUGCAGUUAAGUGUGGUUGUCUAUUUCAAAUUCACCCUGGCACGGGUAGCCCGUUCCAGGCGUCCAGAUAGUGGGGAGCGAUGCGAAGUAAAAAUGAGCGCCUACCCCUCUACUUUUCAUCGCUUUCUUUACUUCGCACCGCUCUCCACUAUCCUGAACGCUUGGCACAGGCUAGGUACGGGGCAUCGUCCUUCCAUUUCUUGUAAACUGCAGCUCUCCUUCUCAGAGGCGUCUUUGUGUUGUCAGUAGCCCAUUCUGGUGUUAUUUGGAGGCUAAGGAGAAAGGAAAAAGGAAGCGCGCGGGACACGUUGCAUCCUCAUCGACCUCCGCGGGCUUUCUUUUCUUUGAUAUAUUGCGUUUUUUUCUUUUAUUUUAUUUUUAUUGGGAUAUCCAGUGGGAGCCGAGUCUGCAGAGAAGAGAGGAACUGCAUUGGCUUAAGUACCCUAACUAUUAA